AUGGCAGCGAAUAGGGGAGUGGAGACCUUCUUAUCUGUCUUCCUGCUGUGCUGCUGGCAAGGCACUGAGCUACAGCCAAUCAAGACAACUUCAGGUCGAAUUACUGAAGGCUUAUUAAACUCAACAACUGAAAACAUACCUGAAGCAUUAGAUGAAAUUCUAGCCCAAGAGAUUUUGGAGCCAAAAACAUCAACAGUGUCUGAAACAUCACCACGACCAAAGUCAUCGGUACCGACAACAUUACACACCAAGGAGAUAAUAAAUGCUGGUACUGAUGACAACUACCAAGAAGAAACCUUUGCGAACUACCAUGAGUUCCUGGACAAUUUAGAACACUCGCCUACGAAGGAGAAAAAUGGCAAAAAUGAAGUACGGCUGAGAACCUCCAUGGCCACAGCUCUCACACUAAGCUUGAGCCACACUUGA